GGCAUAGUGGCAACAUUUUUUCUUCUAUGGUUAAAUUUGUGCUUUUUUUCUUUCUAUUGUUUUUCUUUCUUAUAGUGUGCCUCCUUUAUAACUUUGGAACCUGGAGACAAUUGAUGGUUUAAUCGAGACAUGAAGAAUCAUGCGGAUGACAAAAUUAACUACACAUUUGAGGCUUUUUUUUGUUACCAAAAAAUAAUAUUAUGUGCAAACAAUCAAAACAUCUUUCCAAAAAAAUAUAAUCAGGUGCAAACAAUCAAAGCAUGUAUGCUCAUAUUUCUAAAUAAAAUAAAAUUAACUACACAUUUAAGUUUUUGUUUUAUUUUUCCUACAAACAUAGUCAUAUUUCAGGUACAAUGACCAAGGAAGAUCAUAUAAAAAAUAAAAUUUCAUUUUAGAAAAUUAAAUAAACUAACAAUGAGAUUUUGAAUAUUCCUAAGAAAAAAUGAAUAUAGGGUCUCACCUAAAAGAAAUAUUAGCCUGUUAGAUUUCAUCAAUUUAAUUUAAAAUUGUUACAGUACUUUAACGUUUUAAAAUUUGAAAUUUUGUUAUUAAUGUCAUGAAAUGAGAUUUGGCAUAGUAAAAAUCUCUUAUUCUAAGCAGGAAGGGUACAAUUCAAGCUACAAAAUCCACACUAGCAGUAGAUACUCUGUAGCUAUCAAUCCAUGUACAAAACAAUGCAUGCCUUUGUAACUUUUUUUGGCACUAUUAAACUUGAACAGGAAAUUAAGCUUUAUUAAUAUUUCAUAUUCACGGUUUAUGCUAUUAGUGCUUCUCCACUAUGUUCAAAUGGUGGGCGUGUACCUGUGUGGGGACUUGAACCUUGUUUCUAAGAUUGAGGCUUUUUUUUUCCGUUGCAACGCACGGGCAUUUGUGCUAGUAUACAUAUAUAUAGGGUCCAACUCUUUCUCAACUAGGGGUAUGAGACUAGACUUUAGCACCACCCAUCACUUGCAAUUUUCCCUUGCGCCACUUUAAGAUAUCAAAAAUUAUUAAUGGGCCAAGCCCAUUUAUUUCUAACCAUCACCGGUCCGUAGCUUUGACGAGUCAACGGUCAGUGGAGCGACAUGUCACCCGAGCUGCAAGUCAAACGCCUCAACGCGGCAAGAGUCGAAGUAGUACUAGAAGAAGACGUCCAUGUAUUCGGCGGUAGGUGAGUAAAAGGCUCGUACGGUCGUCUCUCCACACGGCCGGCCACACGGGCUCUUCAUCUUCCUCUUCCUCAUCAGCUAGCAUUUUCUUCCUUGCUACAAAUACUCCUCGCGUGGGGCUCUCUCGAUCCAAUCCCAUCUUCCGAUCCACCCAACACUUUGAAGCUCACAAUCAAGUCGAUCACGACUCACAAUCAAGGUCAAGCAAAAGCUUCGUUGCCAGCAGGAUGCCGAGGGCGUCCAAGAAGAAGCAGCGGUCGGCGUGGGGCUCCCUCCUGGGCAGCUGCCUGGGCGGGGGCGGCGGGAAGACGGGGAAGCAGGUCCGCCCCGGCCCUGGCCCGAGGAAGCGCGAGUCGUCGGCGGCAGCGGGGGCCGGGCAGCGGCUGUCGUUCACGGACGUGAUGAGCGCGGCGUCGGAGCAGGAGCUGUCGGUGUCGCUGGUGGGCUCGAACCUCCACGUGUUCACGGUGGCGGAGCUCAAGGCGGCGACGCAGGGUUUCCUGGACGACAACUUCCUGGGCGAGGGCGGGUUCGGCCCCGUCUACAAGGGCGCCGUCGACGACAAGGUCAAGCCGGGGCUCAAGGCGCAGCCCAUCGCCGUCAAGCUCUGGGACCCCCAGGGCGCCCAGGGCCAUAAGGAGUGGCUGUCGGAGGUGAUCUUCCUUGGGCAGCUCCGGCACACGAACCUCGUGAAGCUCAUCGGCUACUGCUGCGAGGACGAGAACCGGCUGCUCGUCUACGAGUACAUGGCCAAAGGCAGCCUCGAGAACCAUCUCUUCAAAAAGUUUCCUCCUGUUCUGUCGUGGUCAACCCGGCUGAACAUCGCGGUGGGCGCCGCCAAGGGCCUCGCCUUCCUUCAUGACGCAGAGAAGCCCGUCAUAUAUCGCGACUUCAAGGCAUCCAACAUCUUACUCGAUCCGGACUACAAGGCGAAGCUAUCUGAUUUUGGCCUUGCGAAGGAUGGACCGGAAGGCGACGAGACCCAUGUCUCGACACGUGUCAUGGGCACCCAUGGCUACGCCGCACCAGAGUACAUCCUAACUGGUCACCUCACAGCGAAAAGCGAUGUUUACAGCUUUGGUGUCGUUCUUCUGGAGAUCCUCACUGGAAGACGAGCCGUGGACAAGACCCGGCCUAGUAGGGAGCACCAUCUAGUCCAGCACAUGCGGUCGUGGCUCAAAGACCCUGAAAAGCUAGGAAAAAUCAUGGACCCUGCGUUGGAGGGUAAGUAUGCCACCACGGCAGCUCAUAAGGCAGCCCUAGUGGCAUACCAGUGCCUGAGUGGCAGCCCAAAGAGCAGGCCGGACAUGUCGAAGGUCGUGGAAGACCUAGAACUGCUACUCAACCUCGUGGAUGAUGUUCCCGGUGAGCCGGUGAUGCAUGUAGCUUCACAAGAUGACACUAGGAAGGAAAGAACAAGAAGAAGAAAUGGAGAGAGGGAGAGCAGUAACGAGGGUCACCGGAAUAAAGCCAAGCCUCCGAAGAAGACCGUUAGAGGGAGGGGGAACCAAAGCGAGGAGCUUUGGGAGUGGAACACGCCCAGAGAAGGGAAGAUCUAGUGUAAUAGUAGGACACUUUCUUUGGUGAAACGUGGAUGUACAUGUUGAUGGUUGCACACUAGUUUUGAUUGGGGGGAGGGGGUCCCCCUUCCCUAAUUCGUUAAUUUUUUUAGUC